CUGGAUUCUCACAUUUUAAAGAUUGGGGACCAAAUUGUCACUCGAGGCAAAAUAGAAGUCUCCGAAAGUUCAAUUCGUCUCUUCAUCUGUGAUCCGGAACGAAUUAGACGAACUUAGUUAGAGAGCAAUGCAGUUCUUCGGAGGAUCGGAGAUCAGCCCGGCACCGUCGGCGCCUACGGGAUCGGGAAAUAAUGCCCACAUGAUGUACAUCUUUAAUAGGAACGGAGUGUGCUUGCUGUACAGAGAAUGGAAUCGUCCCCUCAGAACUCUCAAUGCCCAACAAGAUCACAAGCUCAUGUUCGGUCUCCUGUUUUCUCUCAAAUCCUUCACUGCUAAAAUGGAUCCUACCAGUGUUGAGAAGGGGAACCUUGGGGUGCCUCAAUUACCAGGUCAAGGCUGUUCAUUUCAUAGUUUCCGUACAAACACAUACAAACUGAGUUUUAUGGAAAGUCCCUCUGGCAUAAAGAUUAUCCUGGUUACCCAUCCAAAAACUGGUGAUUUACAGGAACCCCUAAAGUACGUGUACAACUUAUAUGUGGAGUAUGUUGUCAAGAAUCCACUCUAUGUUCCAGGAACCCCAAUCAGGUGUGACCUAUUCAAUACAGCUCUUGACCAAUAUGCCCGGAGCCUCGCAUAAUAUACUGAGGAUAAUUACUGUCUCUUUCAAAUUCCUCCAAGAAUCAGGGAUGCAUCUUGUAAACACUAAAGGCUCCUUGAUGUUCAUCUUAUUCAACGAACAGCUUUUUAAAAUUACUUCAUUAAGAAAAAAAAAUUCUUGAUUAUGGUUUCACUCUUGAUGGGUCGUUGGGUUGUUUUUUAUUCUGUGUGCACUUGCGCAGAAUUCAAUGGGUAACCAUGGCAUAUGGUUUACCAAAUCUCACCCUCUUACGUAGGUAUUCUAUUUUAUUUUCUUUUUGAUUUGAUUACUUCACUUUUUCACGAUAUUAUUCCAAAGCAUUUUUUAAACAAACUUAGUGUGAUAAA